UCCAUAUCCUCAAUAAAAGAUCUCCGAGUAUUUGUUGAGAUACAAAGAAAGAAAUGAGUCUUUGCUAUCCUCAUCAACCUGCACUGACUCGUCCUUGCAUGCCAGACAAUGCAGCUUCUGUCCAACGCCGAAAACUUUAUUACACCAGGAUGAAAUAUGAUGCAAACUUGGAUACUGAAUUGAGAAGCGGUCAACGCUCAAAAGUACCACGAAACGUCAACAUGGAAAAUCUACGAGGAGGCUACUUGUUUCCUGAGAUUGCUAUGCGAGAGCUCGAACAUGCUCGAAAAUAUCCACAUGCGAAGUUGAUCAGACUUGGUAUUGGCGAUACAACAGAGCCUAUUCCUCAUAUCAUCACAUCUGCUAUGGCUGAGCAAGCUCUAGCCUUAUCGACGGUCAGAGGUUACAGAGGUUAUGGAGAUGAGCAAGGUAACCAGGAACUGAGAAUGGCAAUAGCAAGGGCGAUGUACAAAGACAUGGGGGUGAAGUGGGAAGAAGUUUUCGUAUCAGAUGGCGCCCAGUGCGACAUCUCUCGUGUUCAGAUGCUCCUGGGAUCUAGAGUGACCGUUGCUGUUCCCGAUCCAUCGUUUCCGGCCUACGUAGAUUCCAGCAUAAUUCUUGGUCAAGCAGGAAAAUUCGAGGAGGAAACUCGGAAGCACCAAAACAUUGUGUACAUGAGAUGUUAUCCCGACAACAAUUUCUUCCCGGACCUGGAAAACACUCCGAGGACGGACAUCAUCUUCUUCUGCUCACCCAACAACCCAACUGGGGCAGCCGCCACCCGGUCCCAACUCGAGCAGUUGGUCGAGUUUGCCAGAGCAAAUGGGUCGAUCAUAGUCCAUGAUUCUGCGUACUCAGCCUACAUAUCAGAUGGAAGCCCAAGAUCGAUCUUUGAGAUCCCCGGCGCCAAAGAGGUUGCGAUCGAGAUCUCGUCCUUCUCCAAGUUUGCUGGAUUCACAGGGGUCAGGCUUGGGUGGACUGUGGUCCCUGAGGAGCUAUCAUACUCGAACGGGUUUCCUGCGAUCAAGGAUUUUAAUCGUAUCGUGUGCACGUGCUUCAAUGGCGCAUCGAACAUUGCUCAAGCAGGCGGACUAGCCUGCCUUUCUCCAGAUGGCCGUCAGGCUCUGAACAAAGUAAUCGAGUUCUACCGAGACAAUGCGAUGAUUCUUGUUGACGCAUUUGAAUCGCUCGGGAUUAAAGCAUAUGGCGGCAAGAACUCACCUUAUGCUUGGGUACAUUUUCCCGGGUCAAGUUCUUGGGACGUGUUUGAUGAUAUUCUUGAGAAGACGCACAUCGUGACCGUUCCAGGCGUUGGGUUCGGCCCCGGGGGCGAGGAGUACCUUAGGGUCAGCGCAUUUGGCAAUCGAGAAACUAUGCUGGAGGCCUCAAAGAGGCUCAAAACCUUGUACAAUCACUUCAAGUGAUGAGUUGAAUUGCUAUGUUCUAAUUAACGAGAGGUAGUGAUGUUACUUUUAUAGCCAUGAAUCUAUGAUUUAUUGUCUUGAAACGACGGGAAUCAGCUUACAGAUUUAGAAAAAUCG